AUGGCUUCGGGUGACAAUGUGGAUGUGAUUGAGAUGCUCGAAAGUGACAUCGCCGGACCGGCUCGGGCUACAGAAAAUCAUCUCAGGCCUGAUGAUUCAACAGACGAAGACAACAAAUCGACAGGCGAGAAAGUCACAGCCUUCGACACUUCGACGGCGCAGCAUGGCUUCGCUGGACCGAAGACCCCGUCCGGGGUGUCCAGGAACAAAUCGGAGCGCGAGAGAAAAAUUGGACACCGGAGAGUUGGCGUCGGGGGCGAGAUCACCUACAAAAAAAUUCAAACUACCCAAAUUAUGGGAUCGAUUCAACUUGGCAUUCAACACGCUGUCGGUGGUCUCGCCAGUAAACCAGAAAGGGAUUUACUCAUGCAGGAUUUCAUGACUGUGGAAACGACAAAUUUUCCUAGCGAAGGCUCCAAUCACACGCCAGCUCAUCACUUCUCCGAGUUUAAGUUCAAGAAUUAUGCGCCCAUUGCUUUUCGAUACUUUAGGGAUCUCUUUGGCAUUCAGCCUGAUGACUUUCUGAUGUCCAUGUGUAGCGCGCCUCUGCGGGAAUUGUCCAACCCUGGCGCCAGUGGUAGCAUCUUUUAUCUGACGGAGGAUGACGAAUUCAUUAUUAAGACUGUUCAGCAUAAGGAGGGAGAGUUCUUGCAGACUCUAUUACCUGGAUAUUACAUGAAUCUUAAUCAAAAUCCAAGGACGCUAUUGCCCAAAUUCUUUGGGCUUUAUUGUUAUCGAUGCAAUAGUAAAAACGUGAGAUUAGUCGCCAUGAAUAAUCUUUUACCGUCAUCAGUGAAGCUUCAUCAGAAAUACGAUUUGAAGGGUUCGACGUAUAAGCGAAAAGCCUCAAGAAGCGAAAGAUCGAAGUCAUCCCCCACCUACAAGGAUCUUGAUUUUAUGGAACAUCAUCCGGAGGGUAUUUUCUUAGAAGCUGACACUUAUGGCGCCAUGGUCAAAACUAUCCAGCGGGAUUGUCGCGUGUUGGAAAGUUUCAAAAUUAUGGAUUACUCACUUCUCGUGGGGAUUCACAACCUCGAUCAAGCUGCUAGAGAAAAGGCUGAGCAAAGGUUAUCGGCCAGUGCAGACGAGGACGCUGGCGAAGUUUGCUACGACGGUAGUGGUUUCGUUCAGGGUGAAAGGGAACGCGAGAGAGAAGACAGAAUAGGGGCUGCAGCCCUUAAUAGAUCUCGCAGCAUAAAUCGACAGAGGCUGGUGGCUCAUAGUACGGCGAUGGAGAGUAUCCAGGCCGAGAGUGAGCCCAUUGACGAGGAGGAUGACGUACCCAGUCCGGGCGGUAUUCCAGCCAGGAACGCUCGUGGUGAACGUCUUUUACUCUUCAUGGGUAUCAUCGACAUCCUCCAGAGCUACAGACUCAAGAAGAAGCUCGAGCACACGUGGAAGUCCAUGAUACACGACGGGGACACAGUGUCCGUGCAUCGUCCAGGAUUUUAUGCUCAGCGCUUCCAGGACUUCAUGGCGAAAACCGUCUUCAAGAAGAUACCCUCACUGGACCUGCCAGAGAUUAAGGGGAACCAUCGCAAAUUCCGUAACCUCGUCACCAGCUACAUAGCGUUGAAACAUUCCCCGUCGAAGAGAAAAAGUAUCACGAGGCCACUGAGGCCACUGGAGGGAGAUUUCGAUUCGACCGCGGUGGCGGCAACCGGAAGUUCGACAAUGCAUGCUACAUCACCCACAAAGCCUGCAAGUCCCAGCGAGCCCCCCGUCGUCUCGACUGUGAUCCCCUCCGUCGCUGCGAUCUCCACCACCUCCAUCCCGAUAGCCACCUCCACUCCAAUAAAUCUUCCAACGAUCACCGGUCCAGUAAGUCCGCCGCCACUCACUGAAAUCGUCUCCGCACCUGAAACUACGACCAGAUCCAGUUAUCCGGCGGUGCUGAAGGGCCGCAGCGCCGCCAGUCCUCCCAGUCCUAACCUCGUUCCUUCGGGGAAGGUUCCUCCACCUGUUCCUCCCAGGGGAUCCGUCUCGGGGAGAGGCAGGGCCGAAGAACAACGCGGCGCCUCGAUCACCGUCACCACGUCUGCUCGAGGUGGCACCCUUCCUUCAACCUGCUCCACUCCACCCCCGCCUUUUGAUGACGCAGUCCGCUCGAACGAUCAAACCUUGGCUUCCGGUGGUCAUCAUCCUCAUCAAGGUGCAACCCCAAUUCUGACGAGCAGCCUAAGCUCUUCCCAUUCCAAGCAGAACCGAGUAGUCCAUCACGUGACACUUGCUAAGGUCAAUCACGAUACAGUAAGCAUAUCCGAAGUUCAUCUAGAGAGUAGCGGAAGUGGCAGCGGAAGUGGAGGAAGAGAAACAAAGUCCUCGUUGAGCGUUGAGAGCGGGAGUAGUAGUCGAGGGGGUGGUGGGUUAACUUGGACACCUCCUACUGGUAGUGUCGAAGGCUCGACGCCAACCUGGACGGAAGGGACACCAUCCUUUACGGAGAGUUCGAGUAGCGGUGACAUCGGUUGCCCGACGACGCCAAUUAGAAGCGGAAAACGAGGAGAAGAUGGCGGCCGUAUAGCUGCCACGGUCGAAGAAGCGCUUGCCAGUCUCACCACCGAAAUGGAAACUCUGCAACGAGAGUGAAAUGACGUGCCUCUCUCUGGCUUCGCAAGCUCUUCGUAACGUCUCGACGAACAAAUUAUUCUUUGGAAAGUGAACACACGAAUUACGAUGCUUAACGUACGGAUAAUGACAGACGUCAUCGUAUAAUUUUCAUACAUGAUUACAUGCACAUUUCGCGUUUCUUUGACUUUAGUGUCACAGCGCUUCGUCGGAUGGCGCAGAUAUCGGCAAACUGCUGCUAACUGUCAUUAACAGGUAUUACAGUAAUUUCUCACUACUGUCUGUCAGAAUCAUUCGUCCUUACUUGAAAGCCAUCUUUUGUCUUGUGUUCACCAUUCCAAUCAUCAACAAACAAUACAACAUAUUGUGUAUACAUAGAAUUUUUCAUGAAUUUUACAUAGAUUUUUCUCCUUUGUUUCUAACUAAUUUGAUAUACAUUAUUAGUUUAGUCAUCUUCCUUAUAUAACAAGGAGUUUAGGGUCAUCUGGAUUUUAAAUUCACAAAGGUCUUCCUCUUCAAUAAUAAUCUAUAUGAAACCGACCUGUCAAAUUCUCAUGGCGGCCGUCAUUACGUCUGCUUCAUUUUCAUAUAUUUUUCUUCGAAUUAGAAUAAGUGAUACACUUAAAAGCAGAUUACUCGUACUCCGUCAUGUAUAAGGAUGGUGGGUGAGCCGAUAACUAAAUGAAAUAAGAGUAAACCCAGGAGAAAAGUGAUUGUAAAGUUUUCCUCACAUCUGGCAUCAUUGGUAAUAUAGCAAAAUAGCUGAACAGCCGCCUUAAUGCCAAAAAUAAUCGAACUCUUGCUCGGCCAUUAAAAGAUACACGCGAAGCAUUGAAAUGGAGGAAGAAAUUAGACUCACCAAUAUUCAGUGUGUACGUACAAUAUACAAUUGAUGCCAAAAAGCGUGUAUUAGUUUUUACGUAACCGUGCACUAUUACUUGACGCGAAAAUUCGAAAGGACGAAGACAUCAUUUUCCUAGAAUUUCGUUAAUCUCGCAGUCCUAUGUAUUUCUACGUAUUAUUAUUAUGCUAAUCGAAAAAUAAGAACCGAAAAUACAAUUUCACUACAUUUAACGUGCAAAAAUAAUUAAUCGCGUUAUUGAAUCUCGUCGUUACUAUCCUCUCCUUUUUUUUCCCUCUCAUUAUCCCCAUCGCGCAAUGGUACUUAUAGUUCUUCAAUUUUUCCAACGAUUAAUCGAAAGCUUCGCGAAUUCGAUAAUGGCCGCGCUGUCGUUACGAGACUUUAGGGAAAAAACUUUUUUUUUAAAAUUAGUUUCCUAUUUUUUUAAAAAUAUCUUUGAAUUUGCCAAGAAACGCGCGGCGACUCAACUUAUCCCCACUGAAAGACUAAAUAGUAAUGAUAACAAUUGUAUUUGCUUAAUCACGUUAUCGAAAUGUUCGAGUGAGGGGCAACUAAUUAUAAUGAUGUAAAUAAUAUUAGUAACAACAAUUGUAACAAUAACAACAAUGUAUUAGUACGUAUAGGUAAGAGUCGCGAGACCUUAAUCCCUUUUUACGGUAUGUAGUUACGUAAUGUAAAAUGUACCUUAUGUGUCUCAAGUUUCUCAUGUGUGUCUAUGUCUGUAACUAUACAAUGCGUAUAGAAAGGAAACUCGAUAGCCGAUAUAAUAUAAUAAGGAGCUGUGUACAUUAUAUACCGGAGGGAAAACAGUUAAGAAAGACGAAUAAAUUCUAACACUCAUGGUACGUAUUGAAUGACA